GCGUCUCUGUUUUUAGAGUGUGCGUUAGGACGGUCAACACGUGGGUAGGAGAGACAAGACACACACAUACAUACGCAAAGCGGGGGGACACGUUGGGAUUGUGCUGGGCCUUGAACACGUAACAUUAAUAUUAUACGGUGGCGGUGCGAGGGACGCAUAAACACAGUGUAGCUGCUAGGGUCUAGAGGAGAUGCCACUGAGGUUCCGGUCCUUUGUUCCGUAUACGCUUCCUGGAGUGCUGGCGCUCAUAGGCUGGUGGUGGUACAUCUCCCGCAAGAAAGAGCGAAUCACCAGCCACGACAGUGAAGAGGGGUCGUUUAUGGGCUUGCGAACCUCCUCUGGUGAGGGCAGCAAUGGGAUGGUCGACAAGAGCUGCCCCGCGGCCAGCAGCACACACCGCAGAACCAGCCGAGACAAAGUCAAGGCCAAAGAGCACAGAGCUGUUGAGCAGGAAGUUGUAGCGGAGAUACACACGCCGGUGUUAAAAACCACUGCGGGGGAGGCUCUUGGCGCCCCUCCAGUUGUGUUGGCCAGUGGACAGCUAAACGCUCCUCAGAGCGGUACAAAAUCAGUCCCCCCACAAAGCCACCCAGAGACAACAACUCCUGUGUCAUCUGCAACCCCAACAAAAACAGUGGAGGAGAGCACUCCUCACAAAGGACCAGAGGCCGGCGUUGGUAACAAACCUUCAAGCCAGUUACUGUCAGAUCUAACAAGCACUGGUUCAAUCAAGAAGCAGGUCGAAAACCAACCACUAACUAAGCAGCGUCCCGCAGAGCUAGCCAAAGCAGAGCGACCUGAACCUGAGGGAGAGGUGGCCGCUGAAACCUCAGCACCGACUUGCACUCAGAAUCUCCCGGCUGACCCUUUAAAAGAUGAGCUGCCCACCGCUACAUCUUCAACAGAGAGCGAGGCUGUCUUGCUGGAGACCUGCAGCCUGAAAACGCCACUAACCCUGACCCCGUUCCCUAACUCCACCAGCACACCCCUUUCAGAAGGCUCCACGGAGUCUCGGCACCAUGAAAACGGAGACCUGGGCUUGCCGGCCGAGACCAGUCCAGACAUGCAGGAGCUCCAGCGUCUUGCGGCAGGGCUGAUCACUGAAGUCAUCUCGGCAGCCACCCAGGAGGUCAUGGCGGUCAGCAGCUGUGAGUCCCGGUACAGCAAGGGCUCUGAAGCGUCCGACAGCAGCACGCCGGCUAUAAAUGGUAAGGAAGUGGAGUCGCAUAUACCUCCAGAGAGUGUGGAAAGCGCAGAGUCACGGGCGGUGCAGAUAGCAGAAGACAUCGUCAACAGUUGUCUGGCGCCUUCGCUCUGGAAGAUGCCAAAGAAUGAGAAGGAAAGAGGCUCGUUGACUGUGCCGUCUGGGGAACAGUUGGAGUCCACGCCGGUUCUGGCCAAGCUGCAGGCAGAGGAAGCUCUGGUGGAAGACUCAGGAUGUAGCACGUGCCAGUCAGAGGAUGGCAUCAGCAGCGAGGAUCUCCACAGCACAGGGUUGUCCUCGAACGUGUCUGAGAGUAAAGAGGACCUCAUUCAAAUUUCAGGGACUUGUAGGGCCUCUGAGGGUCAAGGAGAUGGACUGCAAGAGAGUCUUUCUCUAAUUGCCCCUCAGGAGUCUCCGCUUACCGCAGAAAAUGUGGCUACGGUUUGCGAGGCAGCACGGCUGAAUGGAACAGGCUUUAGGAAUGGCGCUGCUAGUGAGGUAGAAGCUGACCAAUCAGGAGGUUCAGAUGUGAAUAGCAUGGAUUCAGUGGACAGCUGUUCGACCUUGGGGACGGGAGACAGCCAGCCGAGUGGCAGCCAGACCUGUCAAUCACAGAGUUCUGAGCUUAUUGUGUGGGAGAUUGAGGUGCCAAAGCAUCUAGUGGGACGGCUAAUUGGCAAACAAGGGAGAUACGUAAGCUUCCUGAAGCAGAGCUCUGGUGCUAAGAUCUACAUUUCAACCCUGCCUUACACUCAAGAGUUUCAGAUCUGCCAUAUAGAGGGAACCCAGCAGCAGGUAGAUAAGGCGCUGGCCUUGAUUGGGAAGAAGUUCAAAGACUUGGACCUGACCAACUUGUACGCCCCACCUCCCCCACCGCUAACGCUGCCCUCUCUGCCCAUGACUUCCUGGCUUUUGUUGCCCAAUGGAGUGACGGUCGAGGUGAUCAUUGUGAACAUUGUAUCAGCCGGUCACCUGUUUGUCCAACAGCACACUCACCCUACGUAUCACGCCCUGCGCAGUCUGGACCAGCAGAUGUUCCUGUGCUAUUCACAGCCCGGGACGCCCCCCUUGCCAUCGCCUGUUGAAGUUGGAGUGAUUUGUGCGGCCCCAGCUGUAGAUGGAGCCUGGUGGCGAGCGCAGGUCAUCUCCUUCUACAAAGAUUCAACCGAAGUAGAAAUCCGAUAUGUUGAUUAUGGUGGCUAUGACAGAGUCAAGAUUGACACCCUUCGACAGAUCAGGUCGGACUUCGUGACAUUACCGUUCCAAGGAACAGAAGUGUUAUUGGACAACAUUGCCCCACUUCCAGGAGAGGAUCGGUUCUCAGCGGAGGCCAAUUCUGCACUGGAAGAGAUGACGAGAGGGGUUCCAUUGCUGGCACAAGUCACCAACUACGACAAUAAUACAGGACUUCCCUUAGUACACAUGUGGAACAUGGUGGGAGAGGAGCUGGUCCUAGCUCAACCUCACCACGAAUUAGACUCAAAGACGUUGUUUUAUUCAUGCCUGGAGUUUGCUGUUGCUUCGACAUUUAAAAGAGUAUAG